CAAUUAAGACAAGUAGCUGCAAAAGAAGAAGAAUAAAUCCAGAGAGAAAUUGAAAUCGAAUUUUGACACAAAGAAUCGGAAAAUGGCGUUGCAGUGGAUGAUACUGACGUAUGUGGUGGCGGCAGAGGCGGCGAUAGCGCUUCUCCUGACUCUCCCGGCGCCGAAGCUGUUGAAGUUUCGCUUCGUGUCUUUGAUCUCUCUCAUUCUCCAGCCGGCGCUCUUCGUCGUCCCCUUCGCCGGAUUCCAGCUCCUCGAUAUUUACUGGAAGAUGGAGCAUCGUUUGACGUGCACCUCAGACAUCUGCACUGCUGCUGAGCGAGACCGUUCUGAGAAAUCCCUCUACAAGGCCCAAAGGAAUGUAAUUCUCUGCUCUGCAGCAUGUCUUCUUUACUGGUGUAUCUAUCGUAUCUGUAAGUACUACAAGGAUAUUGAAAGCUUGGAGGAAGUGGAGAAGAGGUUCAAGGAAGAGUAGCUGUUCAGUAUGUUCUCAUGUAUGAUUGUUCUUUUGAAGCCGAAACAACUGAGUUCAUAUUAAUGGGAAACCAAACCUUAGUACUACU